AGAAGCUCUCUCCUCCGACUCUGAGCACUCUCACGCGUGGAAGGAGCUCUACGAGGUUCCCGGCUCAAGGAAAUCUCGGCUCAAGGCGCUUGACAUUUGAUCCCCUCUGCCUGGGUAACCUCCAGUGGGAUCGAGUGCGCGUCAGGAAGUCACACGUUUGUCGCCUAGAGUGAUAUUGCACUGCCAUUCAUUUGACACGUUUGAUCGCCUUGAGUGGUCUUCAAUUGAUUUGUUUCACACGUUUGUCGCCUAGAGUGAUAUUGCGCUGCCAUUCAUUUGACACGUUUGAUCGCCUUGAGUUGUCUUCAAUUGAUUUGUUUUGCUGGGUGCUUCCGAGGCAGUCUCUGCAAUCUUUCGUUAUGCCACACGUACGGAGUGCAAGUGCUCGCAUUAUGCGUCGGGCGCUGGCUGUUCAAAACGGAUACUGUGUGCAUUUACCUAUUCGUUUGCCUCUGGAUGGUUUGGUGCCACCUACGUGUCUCCCACCACCAGGGCUGGAGCGGGCGACUGCCGAUUUGGUUCUAGAUCAUCUCUUGUUGCGCGAUCCACCUGUUGUCAAACGCAGUUUGGAGGAGGAGGAGGAGGCAAACAUUAAGACUGUUUCGGAUAAUCUUUCUUGCCGUAUGCAGGCUUCUGAAUCGCUGGUUGAUGUAGAUAUUGGAGUGCAGGCUUCUGAAUCGCUGGUUGAUGUUGGAGUGCAGACGGUUGAUGUUGCGGACUUUCAUUGUGAAGUCGGCUGUCAGACAGAUAGUGUCGUUGGGAUGGAGGGAGGAGCUUCAGGAGUUCUUCUUGGGAAAGUGACUGUGGCGGCGGAGGAGGAGCUGGAGGCACCCUCGAGUGCGGAGUCUUCUCCGAACGUGCAGUCUGAUUCUGAUAGCCGCGCCUUGUCAGGAGCGUCCCAGGGGUGUCUGAAUCGUCCCGUCACGCUCAAUGAGGUAUCGAAGGAGUCGCGCCAGGGGACUCGAGGGAGAGAUCGUGACAAGGUCAAGGGGACAUCGACGUGCUCUCAGGCCACCAUUGCCGAUGUCAAAGCGUGGAUUGACGCUGUUGCCAGCAUCAACGAGUUGAAUGCGAUCCAGUUUUUAAAGAACGGAAUGGAUUUGUUUGAUAAGCUGGUGACAGAACGUGGGUUCCCUACAAAGAAGGCCCAAACAGAUUAUGCUCGGAAACUGUAUGAGAUGCUCCAGAAUGUUCAAGCGACGCUGGAGGAUCUUCUAGGAUUCUUCGAGGUGCACAGGUUCUUGACAGGACAAAUGAACCGUGCCGAGAUGGCCAAGUUUCUUGAGGUUUCCAGGUGCAGCGAUUACCGAAUAAUAUUCUUCGGACGCCCGAGGAGUUUCGACAAGUUGGGAUGAAGCUAUUCGUGCGCACUUGUAUGCAUCUUCCGGUUUAGAACAGUAAUGCUUGUAUCUCACCUGUUCUUGUUUUCCUCACGUUAUCUCUCUGUUUGACCUCUCGUUGGAGCCAUGAUGGCUCUACGGCCCGCUGUGGGCCCCACUAAGCGAUUCAGGUGUGUAAAGGGCAGGGGCCCCUCAUAUUCUUCAGGUGACGUUCUUCCACGGGGUGUUUCCCCGUCUAAUUCGUUGAUUACUUCACAUGUGACGUUGAGCAUGCGCCUCUUGUCAUACAGCGGGUUGAACAUGCGUUUUUCGGACUGGUUUGAUGUGAAUAAGAGUUUGUGCUCGCUCACGCCUUGCCUGUUUGGAUACGUCCGCUCCUUGCUCCGACUAGGCUGGAAAGCCUGCACAGUCGACCGCAAAGUCCGCCUAUUUCAGCGAUAAGUUGUGUGAUUGAUGAUUCUCUUUCGUGUGUUGCCUUCAUGCGUGCACACAUUGUGUUGAUGUACACACACCUUAUAAGAGCUGCCAGAGGCUACCGCCGAAGCCGCCCCCCACGUGCUUGGCGUGGUGAGGCUUUCGCCUUAGCCGCUCGGUGGCCCGCGUUUGGCGUGCCCGCCCGCCUCGGACUGGACGGGGCCCUAGGGCCCGUGUGUCCGCGAAACGAAAAACCAGAUUGACGGUUUACCGCCGGUUCCGAUUGGACCGCCCGGC